GGAGCGCGCGCCAAGUAAGACUCUACCCGGCACCCAAAUAUGGAUUUUACCAAUCGUAAUUGGAUGUACGAUAGACAUAAUCCUGGAAAGAGGGGCCGGGUUAAAGAGGAAUUUAAAAUAGGGGUCGAAAUGUUUAUCAAUACAGUAAAAUAUAAUGACAUUGUGAUACGUGAAGGGGGAAUUAGAUGUCCGUGUGUACUUUGUCGAUGUACAAGAAUACGGAGCGAAGAUGAAAUUAGGUCUCAUUUAUAUAAAAAGGGAUUCCAACCUAAUUAUUGGGUUUGGUCAAGUCAUGGCGAGGGAUGUUCCACGACUGUUCCCGUGAAUCAAAAUCGUGCUUCAAGCAGUGUUUUUCAGCCCGUUGUUGUUCCCGAAUAUUAUCAUCAGCAUUAUGAUCCGUUUAAUGAGAUGGACAAUAUGAUAACUAAUGCCCUUGGGUUUAAUACGCCGAUUUAUGUGCCAAAUGAUGUCGACGACCCUGCUGAUGAUGAAUAUGACGCUGAUGUUAACGUCGAGAGACCAAAUGAGGAAGCCCAGCGAUUUUUUGAUCUUUUGAAAGAGACAAAUACACCGUUGUGUGAAGGCUCUCGAGACUCAAAGUUAACGGUGUGUAUUAGACUUUUGGGUAUCAAGUCUGAAUGUCUUGUUUCAGAAUACACCAUGGACUUGAUAACGAAACUGAUGUUGGAUAUAACAAUAGACCGUCCUCUUGAUUUGCCAAAAAAUUAUUACGAAUCAAUUUUUCAAGAAUUUGUGUUCGACAACGCUAAGAGAGGCUGA